AUGCUGGAUGGACCAAUGCUGGUCAAAGCUGCAACUUCGAUGGAGUUUUCGUUGGAUAUCCCCACUGACAUUCUGUCCGAAAAGCCAACUUCCUUCUUUCGAGACCUUCAAAGUCAGAUUGAUCAAGAUGAUCCACAGAAACGUUGUCAACGCUACGGCUAUCAAUAUCAAUAUCAUCCAUCUGCCAAGUCAAGACGACGAAGACUCUUUCUAGGCAGUCUGAUUGCCGAAGAACCUUUAGAACUGCUGCAAAUUGUGGCUGCAGAAUCGUAUGGCAUCUAUGCCGGCAUGGUCUUUGUAGAAAGCAAUCGCACGCAAAACUUUGACCCUAGACCGGUUCGAAGAGCCAAUGACCAAAAUCACAUUCAACAGCUGCAAACACUCUUUGGAACACCACAGCUACAAAUACGUCUUUACACCAACGAAAAACCACGGUUCACGGGAAUUCGCAGAGAACAUGCGCAACGACAAGAAAUUCUCAGGGGAUGGAAGGAAAUGGGCAUGACACCAUUCGACGUGGGAAUCAUUGCCGAUGCCGAUGAAACAUUCACCCGAGAUUUCCUCAGGGCGGCACAGGAAUGCGACAUUCCGCACUUGGACUAUGCACAACAUCAAUGCUUUACAUCCAACGUCAAACUCGCUGCUUCCUCCUUGGUCUUUGAAACAUCACCUGAAUGUGUCACGGCCCAACGAGGUUGGUAUCAUCCCGAAAUGAUACUGGGAGCUUGUAUUGAAAUGAUUGGAAAUAGAUCCGUACAUCCACUCGCGUUUCGGGAUGGACCACGACGAGCUCACGGAUACGGACGAGCGUGUUCCAAAGAUUUCUCAAAGUUGGUGCCAGGUCGACAUCCUCUCUGGAAUGCCGCCGACUUUCGCAUGCUCUGUGGACGACAAGCCUACGGAGGAGGAAAUGACAAUGGCCAUCAUCAUCAUCACUCCUCCAGAUCCAAUUAUACUGGAUUCCAUUUUCACAAUUGGUUCACCAGUUUCAAUGCCACACGUCUCAAAUACAAAACAUACGGACAUGCCAUGAAAGCACGCAAGGCAUUCACGUGGCCAUUGUACCAAAUUGGAAAAAAUGAUCUCAAACUCAUGUAUCAUUGUGUGCGAAACAUGCCCGAUGAGAAAGAACAAAAGUGGAAACGGGUACUAGGAGGAUUCCAGAACAUUCUUCCUCCCAUUCCAAUAUACUUUGCCGACACGCAGUAUCUUUGGAAACGACAUGAAUGGAUAAAAAAACAAGUACAGAUGGAUGACGAAAUGGUGGAAAAAUUGCAACAAUCCGCUCCUACUUGA